AUGGAUGACCAAAGCUCUGGAUCGGUCAGAAUCGAGAAGCUGACCGCAUCUAACUUUUACAUCUGGAAGCAGAAAAUCCAGCUACUGCUUGCUCUCCGAGAUGUCGAUCAAUACGUUUUUGAUGAUAUCCCGGAGAAUGCGAUGUCAGAUGACCGGAGAAAAUGGAUCCGUGGUGACGCAAAAGCAAAGGCAGUCAUCGGACUCACGCUUUCUGAUGACUACUUGCAACAUGUGCGAGGGUGUAGCAGUGCGAAAGAGACAUGGGAAGCAAUUCUGAAUGUGUUUGAGCGUCAUACUUUGCUCAACAAACUUGCCGCCCGUCGCGACUUUUACACUGUAUCCAUGCUCCCAUCCGAGAAAGUGCUCGUGUUCAUCAAUCGUGUGAAGCAACUUGCUGCCAGAUUGCAGUCAAUGAGUGUUGAGAUUGACGAUAAAGAAAUUGCAAUGGCUGUGUUGAAUGGCUUGCCUCCACGAUUCGAUAACUUGAUUGUUGCUCUUGACGCACUUGGCAAUGAAGAUAAAGUGUUUGGACUCGAGUUUGUGAAGAGUCGUCUGCUGCAAGAAGAACAACGAGAAAGCAUGAAGACCGCUUCUGCUUCAUCACCACAUGCACCUGCACUUGUCAAUCGUAUGCCUAUUCGACGCGAUAUGAAAUGUACGAAUUGCAAUAGACAUGGGCAUACUGCAGCGCGUUGCUGGGGCAAGGACCCAAGUGCAUUCGUUUCUCGAGAUGACAAUUCUACUGCUGCCUUUGCGGAGAGUGACUUUACUUGCUUGCUUUCGACUUCCACUCCAGAAAAGAGGGCUGCAAACGAAAGGUCAUGGCUUGUCGAUUCCGGUUGCAGCGCUCACAUUACGUUUGAUCGCUCUUUGUUCGUUACGUAUGAACAGAUGCAAUCUGGAUCAGUCGAGAUGGGCACGAAGGCUAGAGCUAAUGUCGCUGGGCGCGGCGAGGUCGAAUUCAUGUUGAACGUCAACGGUAGUCCCCAUCCUUGCAAAUUGUCAAACGUUUUGCAUGUCCCUGAUUUCGGAUAUUCGCUACUGUCUGUUAGCCAAAUGGUUUCGAAGGGUUUGCAAGUGUCAUUUGAAAAUGAGAAAUGCUGCGUUACUGCAGGACCAACUGUAGUUGCCACAGCGAGUCUAGUUGGGGAUUUGUACAUACUUGACGUCAUGAAUGAAACCUUUUCUGCUCACGUAGUUACCCUGCAGACGCUACAUGAACGCAUGGCCCAUGUUAAUGUACAAGGAAUCGCAUCAAUGAUUCACAAUAAUGUGGUAAGUGGCAUCAACUCUGACAAUCACUCUCCCAUUUGUCCUGCGUGUGUGUUUGGCAAAGCAACGCGAUCAGUAAUCCCAAAACAGCGAUCAUCGUCUCGAGCACAGAACUGUCUUGACUUGGUACAUUCUGACGUUUGCGGUCCGCUCGAAGUACAGUCCAUUGGUGGUUCCAGAUACUUCAUUACAUUUGUAGAUGAUCACUCGAACUGGGUAGUUGUGUACACGAUGAGAAAUAAAUCUGAGGCGUUUGCAAAAUACAAGUUGUAUGAAAAGUUGGCUCAAACCCACACUGGUCGCAAAGUAAAGGUGCUUCGCACUGAUCGAGGGGGAGAGUACUUGUCGACGGAAUUCAAGUCGCAUUUAGAUUUAAACGGUACGCAGCACCAACUCACAACGGCGUACACCCCUGAACAAAACGGUGUUGCUGAACGUUUAAAUCGAACUUUGAUUGAUCUUGUCCGCUCAAUGCUUUCUCAUAAACAGGUCAGUAAGCGAUUCUGGGCCGAGGCUCUUGCCACUUCGGUAUAUGUACGUAAUCGAGUUACUUCACGCGCUUUGCCCGUUAAUACAACUCCGCACCACAUUUGGAUGAAUUGUACUCCAAAUGUUGGCCAUUUGCGAGUAUUUGGGUCAAAAUGUUGGUAUACAUUACCAAAAUUAGAGCUCCGCAAGCUGGACUUGCGAGCGCGUGAAGCGAUGUUUCUUGGGUAUUCGCAAUGCAGUAAGGCAUACAAACUUUGGGACGGAGAGUUGAAUAAAAUUGUUGUGUCACGGGAUGUCAAGUUUGAUGAGAAAUGUGGGAUGCAUGACAUUCCUGCACACGAAGGUGAUUCAAUCAACUCUGAUGUUGACGUUGUAUUGCUCGGUGGCGACAAUGGGAAUACAGCUGAUACCCCAAAUACGGAUGAGGUUGAUUCUGAAGAGAAUGAAGUUUCGGAGGAGGUUCUUGAAAACGACGGCGCUCAUUCUGUCAGUGAGAAUGAUGAAGAUGAAGAUUAUGUACCAACUGCCGUCGAAACUCCGAAUGUCACCCCUCCAACUCCGACUCCAGCUGUACGAAGGUCGUCUCGAGUCAGCAGACCUCCCGGAUCAUGGUGGAGGAGCAACUUUGCAGCUGUUCUUCUUUCACAUGCGCAUGUCGCAAUUGAAGGUCCCAAGACUUUCAACCAGGCAACCAACGUAUUGAAAAUGUGCGACCACAUGCUGUUAUCUGAAAAGGUCAAAAUCGAGUGA